CUUCCAAGCCCGGCCCCGCCUCCGCCUCCCACGCCCCCUCCACAGCCCACAGCUCCCUUUGGGGCGGGGGACUGCGGGCACACGGCGCGGCGCGGUGCGGGCGGGUUCAAACAGGUACCCCCCGUGUGCCGCCGCCACUGCGGCUGCUCACAAGUCGGGGCGGUGAAGCUCCCGCUCGUAGCGGGCGGGCAGGUGCGCUCCGCGGCCCGGGGGAGGGGGCGAGCGAGGGCGGUUGUUGCUUCUCUCUAGAGGCUUUAAGGAAGUCGGCGAAAAUGAGGAAGCGGGAGAGCUGGCGCCUUUGGCAGCCCGAAGCUCAGUGACGAAGAGCCUCAGGGGGCCGUAGAGGCAGCUUCUUCCUCCAUCUUCAGGCUUUGGUUGGGGAGCUCUCCAGCCCAGUCCGCCCUCGGAACUCGGGAACUCGGAGGCGCCGCCUUGCCGGAAAGCCGCCGCGGGAGAACUCGCACUUUGAGCCCGAAAGGCCGUCUCUCCGGGAAGCUCGCACUCCUCUUACUUCCUCUCGCCUCUCCGGGCCUCCAGAGAGCAUCCCGGCGGGGGUGGCGACACGUCCGCGCUGGGAAGUUUGGCCCACUCCUUCCCUCUCCUGGGACCGGCUCUCCUCCCUUCGCUCCUCUACCUACAGGUGCUGAGCAUCCCUUCCGGCCCCAUCGAUGGCCAUGGCAACCUGCCUCGCUGAUAGCGCAAACCAUUUGCCCUUCUUCUUCGGCAACAUCACCCGGGAAGAAGCAGAGGACUACCUUGUGCAGGGAGGCAUGGGUGACGGGCUCUACCUGCUGCGCCAGAGCCGCAACUACCUGGGCGGCUUCGCCCUGUCGGUGGCCUUUGGGAGGAAGGCUCAUCAUUACACCAUCGAGAGGGAGCUGAACGGCACGUACGCCAUCACCGGAGGGAGGACCCACGUGAGCCCCGCCGAGCUCUGCAUCUACCACUCGCAGGAGUCCGACGGCCUGGUCUGUCUGCUCAAGAAGCCCUUCAAUCGGCCGCCGGGAGUGGAGCCCAAGACCGGCCCCUUCGAGGACUUGAAGGAGAACCUCAUACGGGAGUACGUCAAGCAGACGUGGAACCUGCAGGGACAAGCCCUGGAGCAGGCCAUCAUCAGUCAGAAGCCGCAGCUGGAGAAGCUGAUCGCCACCACGGCUCACGAGAAGAUGCCCUGGUUCCACGGCAAGAUCUCGCGCCUCGAGUCCGAGCAGAUCGUCCUGAUCGGCUCCAAGACCAACGGGAAGUUCUUGAUCCGCGCAAGAGACAACAAUGGAUCCUACGCUCUGUGUCUGCUGCAUGAAGGGAAAGUGCUCCAUUAUCGCAUCGAUAAGGAUAAAACAGGGAAACUCUCCAUCCCUGACGGAAAGAAGUUUGACACCCUUUGGCAGCUGGUUGAGCAUUAUUCCUAUAAACCAGAUGGACUCUUAAGGGUUCUUACUGUUCCAUGUCGAAAAAUUGGCUCAGAAAAUGGUAACAUUGACUUUGGGAUGUCACGGCCACCUCUUCCAUCAUCUCAUCCUAAGAGUUGGUCAACGGGUGGAUUUUUCUCAAGAAUGAAAUCAUACUCCUUUCCAAAGGCUGGCAACAAAAAGUCUCAUCCUUCCAAUGUUAACCGGGCAGACAGCUCAGUGGAGCUCAAUCCUUACGUGCUGCAGAGGACUGAUGGUACCAGCUUGGGAGCUGACCUAGGUGGGAUUGAUGCAAGGGUGUUUCAUCGGUCUGUAGACAUGCAGAGGGAAGCUCUACCAAUGGACACGGAAGUCUAUGAAAGCCCCUAUGCAGACCCAGAGGAAAUCCGACCCAAAGAGGUGCGUCUGGACCGAACACUGCUAACGCUGGAGGAAGGAGAGCUUGGCUCUGGCAACUUCGGCACUGUCAAACGAGGUCGCUACAGGAUGAAGAAGGGGGAUAAGCUAGUCGCCGUGAAGAUUCUCAAGAAUGAAGCGAACGACCCCGCGAUGAAAGACGAGUUGCUGAGAGAAGCGAAUGUCAUGCAACGGCUCGAUAACCCGUACAUCGUCCGAAUGAUUGGGAUCUGUGAGGCCGAAUCGUGGAUGCUAGUCAUGGAGAUGGCGGAACUGGGUCCACUCAAUAAAUACCUGCAGAAAAACAGGCAUGUCAAGGAUAAAAAUAUCAUAGAACUGGUUCAUCAAGUUUCAAUGGGGAUGAAGUAUUUGGAGGAGAACAAUUUUGUGCACAGAGAUUUGGCUGCCAGAAAUGUGUUACUCGUUACCCAACAUUAUGCCAAAAUCAGCGAUUUUGGGCUUUCCAAAGCACUUAAUGCGGAUGAAAACUAUUACAAGGCUCAGACUCACGGAAAGUGGCCCGUCAAGUGGUACGCGCCGGAGUGCAUCAACUACUACAAGUUCUCCAGCAAGAGCGACGUGUGGAGCUUCGGCGUGCUCAUGUGGGAGGCGUUUUCCUACGGGCAGAAGCCGUACAAGGGAAUGAAAGGAAGUGAAGUCUCGGCAAUGCUGGAAAAAGGAGAGCGAAUGGAGUGUCCUCCGGGUUGUCCAAGCGAAAUUUAUGAUCUCAUGAAGCUGUGUUGGACCUAUGAGGUUGAAAACAGACCUGCAUUUUCAGCUGUUGAAUUGCGACUACGCAAUUACUACUAUGAUGUUGUCAACUAACAGAUCCAGGAUCUCAAUUCUUGCUUCCUUUGGGGAGCAUCAAAGAACAAAAUGUCUGUGACACAACUUUUACUAUCAUUUCCUUUGCUUAUAUUGAACAUAGUCACUGUCCAAAGAUAGAGACAAAGCACAGUUUACAAAGCAAACAUGAGGGAAAGUCAGAGAGAGAGAGACAGAGAGAGACAGAAAACCAAAAGAGAAUAGAGUAUGGAAAGGGACAGUAGGAUCAAAGGAGUUUUCUAGCUUUAAUUUGAUUUCCUCUUUAAUAUGAGCUUUAAGAAUCUAUUUUAACAAAAAUUAUUUUCUGUUUGACCAGUUCUCUGCCUUCUGUGUAUACUCAAGUAAUGACUAGGCCUCAGGUAUUGCCACAUAUUUUCAGUAUUUACCUAUCAUAGAAGAAUUACUUGGAAUUGGACGACGUAGAAAACGAUGAAGUGGGAUAGUAAGAAUGGUAUAGAAGAAGAUGAAAGGGGAAAAGGAGGGCAAUAGCUUAAAUACGGUAUUAUUUUUUCAGUUUAAAUAAAGCCUUUCUAUGGUGAAACAUUUCCUGGGAGAAAAAGUUUGUUGUAAAAUCGAGUGGAGAUCGUGCUGGUGGGCGGACUUGAAUAGAGUGAAAUAGUUUCAUUCGACGACGUACAUGAAGAUUCUGUUUUGUUUUUAUCCAGUGAUUUGCUUUUGUGUCUUUAUUCCUAGCCAAAUGCCGGUGUUCAGGGGAGGGUUAAGCACAUUGGAUAGGGCGGCUGCCCUUGGGGCAUUGGCAGAACCAGCGAGGACUGUCCGAGUCCAAUAAAGCCUGUUCUUAGUCCUUUGCUUUGGCAGGAGACUCGGCCUCCCCUCCGCUGUCACCAGCGCGUCGUGGGCUUUCCUUGUCGCCUCAAGUGAAGAGGGGCGUGUGGGCCUCGAGCCAAUCCCCAGUAGCGACUCCUAGAUGGAAGGUGGGGCUCAAAACGGAAAUCCUGACAGCGAACAGGACUUGGAGUUGAGGGAUGGGGAAGGACGAGGCCGAACGGGAACUUCGGGCGCUUCCCUCCCGCCAGUUCUGCCGGGCUCCAGACUGGGCUAAGAGAGGCGACGAGGGCCCAGAACACGGACCGCCCUCGGAAGCGGCUGUCCCGCCAACCCGGGCUGGUGCCUUUUGUUCUCUUUUCUGAUGGGCUUCUUCCCUCACUGUACGCUCGAUUCGCCCGAUUCCCUUCUGGCUUUCCAGUGUAGACCUUCCAGCUGGAUGCUGGCGGGCGGCUGCUUCCUUUAAUAAAGCUUUUUAACUGGG